AUGGGUGGUCUAUUACUCAAAGUCGUUUGGCGCAUGAUGCCCACCACAGCUCUGCUAUGUCUCGCUUCGUUGGUUGUUUACUUGGGCUUCCGAUUCAAGUGCCUUAUCGAGGCUCAGCAGAACAUCGCGAGGAACCCGCAAUCGCUGGGAAUGGCAUGGUUCUUCUUCAUCAUUGAGCUCUUGACGCUCCUCCCAAACACACUGCCGUACACUUUGAGAGCGCUGGCCCUUGACAUGCCGAGGCGCAAGAAGGAUGUUCUGGAUGGAGACGAUGUGCCAAGUGUGGAUAUCCUCAUCACUUGCUGCAAUGAGGAUCUGGACAUCAUUCUCGACACUGCUCGCGCCGCCUGCGUAUUGGACUACCCUGCUGACCGCUACCGCGUCUUCGUCUGCGAUGAUGGCGGCUCACCCACCGUCAAGGCUGCUAUCUUGGAGAUGAGGGAGACAUACCCGCACGUCUAUUACACCGCUCGCGUCAAAGGGCCGGUGAAGGACUACAAGGCCGGAAACCUGAACCACGGCCUGAAGUACUCUCGCAUGACUCCCCGCUUCCACCCACAGAGCUACAGUCCUGUAAUGGAUAAGCCAGAAGCCACUCUGCAGACCAAUGUGAAUCUUCGGGAGCAUUUUACGAUGGUCGACAUGGUGAACUCCUCCGAAGACAGCCUCCUCCCUCACAAGCCAAAGGCCACGUACGAAAUCCGCGAAAUGUCCAGCUGCUCAUCCUUGCAAAGCUCAGCCCAGAGCGAAGCCUACGCCUGCGUUGUCGACAAUGGCGCCGGAUCCACCAUCUCUGAGUACGUCGCCGGUCUUGACGCCGACAUGAUUCCCGAACCUCAAUGGCUACGAACCAUGUUGCCCCAUCUCAUCGACGAAGCAAAGAUGGCUCUCGUCUGCCCGCCUCAGACUUUCUACGACUUGCCAGUCAACGACCCGUUGACGCAGACCAUGUCUCACUUUGCUGGAAUUACAGAAGUCGUCAACGAUGCGCUCGGUCACGCAGAUUGCUUGGGCAGCGGCUACGUUGCACGUCGUGAGGCUCUCGAGAGCAUCAAUGGUUUCCCGGUCGAGUCACUUUCCGAGGACGUCUGCUGUUCCGCUACGAUGUUGGGUUCAGGCUGGAAGACCGGCUUUGUCCACGAGACUCUUCAGUACGGAUCCGUCCCCGAAUCCUUCUUCGCUCAUGUCAAGCAGCGUACUCGCUGGUUCGUUGGACACGUUCAGACUGCCUUUCUCUUCAACUUCCGUCUUUGGGGCCACCGCGGUAGACACCUCACCAUCCUGCAGAGACUUGCCGGUAUGGCGUUCGACCUGCGCCAGAUUGUGCAAAUUCCCAUCGCGCUCAGCUACAUUAGCAUCCCCUUUGCUCUUCUUUGUGGAUAUCCCAUGGUCAUCUGGACCAGCCAGGAACAGCUCGUGUGGCUCAUCCGCCUCGUGACGAUCUGGAUGCUCUGCCACUGGAGUCACCAGGGCACGAUGGGCUUGUUAGCAGGCAUCGGUAACGGGUGGUACGACCCGCGCGCUCCAUCUUACGACGCCGAACUCGAACAGUGGAUGGGACCUUACAUCCUCUCCGCUUUCUUCCGCUCGUUCAUUCUGCCGAGAAGAUUCGGUGSCCGGGCCACUGGUUUCACCGCCUCCGGUAGCAUCACCAGCAGUCUGCAAGAACGAAGCGCCGCCAAUCGUGCGCCGUUCGUCCGCCGCGCCUAUGUCACCCUCAUCCACCACCGAGUCAUCAUCCAUGUCCUGUUUGUCAUUACAUGCAUCAUUGGUGUGGGACUCUGCGUCGCGCGUGUCAUCACCAAAGGAGCAGUCAAAGGCGCCUACGAUGUGUUGAUUGUCUCCGACUUGGACCAAUUCGUCUACGUCGUCACCCGCAUUGGAUGGCCACCACUCCUCUGGCUCCAAAAUGUUAUCUCAGCCCUUGGCCCAAUCCUCUACUUGAUCAACCCUCCCACCACACCCGAGCGUGAGGAUCUUUUGGACAGAGACCCCAAGACUGGUGUCGCCCAUCCCAAGGAGGAGUACAGAGUGCAGCUCAGGAGAGACGGAUGGUCUGCCUGGCGCUACGUCCGCAACUGCCUCGCAGUAAUUUACACCCUGGUCUUGAUCGGUCUCAGCUCGUGGUUGGCUGGAAGCUGA